AUGGCACCUAUCACUAGCUGCAUGAAGGACAACAAGUUUCACUGGACUCCGGAGGCAACUGCAGCGUUCGAAUUAAUCAAGAUCAAACUCACGACAGCACCUAUUCUCGUGUUACCGGACUUCUCGACUACCUUUGAGCUCCAUAGUGAUGCGUCCAAGCUAGGAAUUGGGGCGGUUGUUUACGGAGUUCUUUCGCGUGGUCCGCUCGAUCUCACGCCCCUGCCUGAUCAAACGCGAGUUCACGGGGAAGCUGUGGAUUUCGUUUCUAAGAUACAGAAGGUUCACCAAUUGGCUUCUUCACAUUUAACUGCGUCUGCGUCCAAGUACAAGGCAGCGGCUGAUAAGAAACAACGCGAGUUGUUAUUUGAGACGGGAGAUUUGGUGUGGGUCGUUCUCACUAAGGAUCGCAUACCGGCGGGGGAGUACAACAAACUCAACAACCGCAAGAUCAGACCAGUUGAAGUGCUUGCAAGAAUCAACCCCAAUGCUUAUCGAGUUCACCUCCCUCAUCACCUUCGUACGUCUGACGUGUUCAAUGUUAAGCAUCUCUUUCCGUACCAUGGUGACAAUGAUGAUCCGGAUUCGUGGUCGAAUCCUUCACACCCGGGGGGACCUGAUGCAGCACCACUAAUCUAUGACGUUCACGCCACUACACCGCUUUAG